CAUUCGUAAACCAGUAUUUCUUCCGUCCGCGGGCUGCACUUUCCUUUCGGGGUACCUCAAGGCGAAGUAGUGCCCCGAAGCAUCCCUUCUCGUCUUAGCCAUCUUCCUUCCCCCUCCUCUUCCUCAUCACCACAACGCAGCAGUAGGCUAAACGAUCCACCUCUGACUCACUCUCCAGAGGAGGCAUCCGUCGUUCCCCGAUCUGCGAUUCGCGAUUCUCGGGAUCCAAGAUCCGACGCGACUUUUUUUUUUCUCUCCGGGUCCUCUCCUGUGCUCCACAAGAGCGCUAUCAUCUUUGGCCACGUUUUUGGCGCCCAUCCACAACAUCCAUAGACAGCAAGACGAUGAGGCUCACCAGAUCCGCUCGGGGGGCUUCGGCAAGCCGGCACGCGGCGCUGUGUUCGGUCGCUGUGUUGGCGGCCACAGCGAUGUUGGCCCCAAUUGCUUCGGCCGUCUCGGUGUCUCGGACCGGCCAGGUGGAGGCACUUUCCUUCGUCGACGGGCAAACCAGGGUCCCGGACGAUCUCUCCAUGGAGUCAAGGGGGUUGCUCAAGAGACAUGGUGACCACGAGGAUGAAGAAGAAGAGACACCGGGAGGCGCGGCGACAACGACGGCAAUGGAGAUGGAGAUGGAGCACACCCACGAGGACGACCACCAUCAAGACGCCGAGGUACAUGCUCAGCAGCCCGCUGAGCACGAGCAAGCGCACGAUCACGAACACGAACAUGAACACAGUCACAUGGAAGAUACUCAGGAACACGGACACGGGCAUAGUCACCAGCCGAAUCCGUACGACCUUUUGCCCUCGCCCCAGGAGGCGGGCGCUCGCUUCGUUGAGGUGCCCAUCCUUAUGCAUAUCACCGGUCACUCACAUGGCUCCGGGGGUGCGCCCGCAGAAGUUGAACUAAACGAGACCAACAUCAUCCGAGGCAAGGGACCCGACCCACUGAGCUAUAUCGAAUGGGACUUCGCCUACGGUAUCGGCAAGAAGCACGAGCUGCUGCGGUUUGCAAACGCAUACAGGGACCAUGAGUCCGAGAACCUCAUGAGCGUCUCUGGAGGCCGGUGGAGAAGCCUUAUCGAUGAGGUAGAUGGUGACAAGCACAAGGUCGUUGCACAAGAUAUCGUGGGUCGGAUCCACUCGAGCCAAGGCGAUGUGUCGGGCCACGCCGCCCUGCUCAUCCUCCACGUCGUCGGCUGUAUCAUCAGCUGCUUCAUCCUUCUCCCCAUCGCUCUUGCCCUUCGUGCUGCCGACUCGCAGCUUGCUCCCCUGGCUUCCCUCGUAUAUCUCGCUUCCUUCGCUGGCUCCCUCUUCCUUUCGAUGCUCUACAAGGCCAUUACCCCGAGACUAUACCCCUCAAACUCACACGGUGGCCUUGGCUGGGCUAUUUUCGUCAUCUCUCUCAUCGUUCUGGGAGGCGAUAUCUACAGGCUCCUUCGACAGGUCCUCGAUACCUUCAUCGGCCUUCGUGGCGCCUCGCGGUGGGCUGCCUUGAGCUCCGUCUGGAACACUCUCAAGGGGCACAAGGCUAAAAUUGCCCUCUACGAUGCUCAAGAAGAAGAGCGAAUGCUCGCUGAAGCAGAAGCCGGCGAUGAAGCAGAUGAGGUCUACCACGUCGAACGAAGAGAGUCACCUAGCCGCACAAAUUCGAACUCGUCAACGUUGCGUUCUGGCUCACACUCACCGCCACGCGUCCACUUUGAAGAGGAUCGCCAUGAGGAAGGUCAUGAGGCAGAGUGGCCAAGGCGGAGCCAUGCCUCGUCUCGCUCCAUGUCGGGUGGCGAUCUUCCCAGCCCUACGAGUACGCUCUGCAACACCCCCAGGACAUCAAUUUUUGGCGAGCUUAGCCACAAAGCAGGCGCUCCCUGGAAGGUCUCACCCCCAAGCAGCAUUCAAGGCCGCCACGAGCGAGUGGAUUCCUGGCGUCAAUUGGACGAGCCCGAAGCAAUCGCCGAGGCAGAGCUGGCGCCGGAAGUCAGGACCAAGCCGGCUUCCCUGCUGCGCUCGGUCAUUCGCUACACCCACGUCACAGUCGCUCGUUCGUUGCCCGUGCUGAGCUUUGCAGCCGCAUACACGGGUCUUUCCGUCUACACUGGAUCUUGCCGAGGUCCAUACCAGAACGUGUGCCUGGCCCAUGGCAUCAAGGGCGGCAUCUUCUUCUGGUACGGCCUCCUGUCCUUUGGCCGGUACAUGGGCGCGUACGCCGACAUGGGCUGGGCUUGGAACAAGCGACCAGAGACGACGAAGCGAGGCGGCAAAGGCAAGUCGUCGCCGGUCAGCGCAGAGUUCGUCGAGUGUCUCGUUAUUUUCAUCUACGGUGCCACCAACACAUGGAUGGAGCGUUUUGGCGCACAAGCGGGUGACCCAUACACUGUCAAGCAGGUCCAGCACAUUUCAAUCGCCGUCAUGUUCUGGUUUGCUGGCCUGAUGGGCAUGCUCCUCGAGAGCCGAAAGAUCCGCGACCUCAUCUCGCUGCCCGUCGCUCUCAGCCACUCAUCUGCCCAGCGACGUGCCCGUCGGGGCGGUGCGAUUCUCGGCAGCGACGAGGCACUGGCCGACCUCCAGAUCACCCCUCCGCCCUCAUACAGCUUUUCGUUCAACCCUUUCCCCGCCCUCGUUAUUGGUGUUACCGGGUUGGCUAUGGCAGCCCACCACCAGGACUACGUGUACGAGGUGGAGAUCCACAUGCUCUGGGGCAACCUCUUGGCUGGCUUUAGCGCGCUGAGGAUCCUCACUUACUUCCUCCUCUGGCUCCGACCCCCCACCUCCUCGGUAUUGCCGUCUCGGCCGCCCACUGAGGCGUUGGCUUCUUUCAGCUUGGCCGCUGGUGGCCUUGUCUUUAUGCUCUCAUCUGAGGAGGUCAGCUAUGCGGCGAUGCGAAACGGUUUCGGUGACUUCAUGAUGAUUCUCAACGUCACCGUCGCCGUCAUCUGCCUCGUCUUCUGCGGAAUCGCCGCGCUGAUGAUCCUCAAAGCAGCUGCUGUCAGGAGGGAGCACCGGAUCAAGCAGAGGUCCCAGAGGAGGCGAAACGACCAGGAAGAAUACCUGAUGCACCAAAGGCAAAACAGCCACAGCCGACAGCCCUCAGCCAGCAACGCCACCGACAUGAUUCAGGUCAACGAGAGUCUUUCAAAGCACCAGAAUCGAGCCGUUUUGGUCCAGUCUCCCGUCCAGUCCUAAACCGACUCCCUUUAAUAUCCCCGACGUUUUCCGCCCUUUCGCUUUUCAACGUUCCGCCAACAGCAUUAAUACCUACGCCUUGAAUUCUUCAUUUUGCAUCGUCGCUCUUACCCAGCGCAGUAGCAGUAGUGUGGAAGCUGGGAGAUUCCGUCUGUUUCUCUCUCAUGGUUUUCCUGUUUGUAUGUCUGCCUUGUCUCUUCAUUGGUCUUCGGAAUUGUACGUGAAGUGCUUUUGAAAAUCUAUGACUUGAUUGGAGC